AUGGCUCCACCUGAUAAUCGCCCCUGGGAUGUCCAGCCUAGUGAUGCCAAACAAGCGCUUGCGGAGGACAAAUAUGAAGAUUGCAUGUCUUGCAAAGCGAUGGGCUCUGGCGCAUUCAUUGGCCUCGGUGUUUACAGCUACUAUACCGGCAUGAACAAUCUCCGACAGCAGGAAAAAAUGAUCAUGAAGAGCGCAACUAAAUACAAAAUGGGAUCACGUCGACUGGGAAUCGCCACAAUAUCUGCUAGUUUAAUUGGCGCAGGCGUCUGGCGAGCCUUCAACUGA